AUGAAUCUAUCUAUCUAUCUAUCUAUCUAUCUUAGUAUAUAUUGGUUUGUUUUUUUUUUACGUCAUAUCAACCUCAAUGGGUUAUCUAAUACUGACAAAAUUUUUAUUGCUGGUAAUAUCUAUCUAUCUAUAUCUAUCUAUCUAUCUAUCUAUCUAUUUAGUAUUAUAUUGGUUUGUUUUGUUUUACGUCAUAUCAACCUCAAUGGGUUAUCUAAUACUGACAAAAUUUUUAUUGCUGGUAAUAUCUAUCUAUCUAUCUAUCUAUCUAUCUAUCUUAUCUAUAUAUAUUGGUUUGUUUUAUCUAUCUAUGAAUAUCUAUCUAUCUAUCUUAGUAUAUAUUGGUUUGUUUUUGUUUUACGUCAUAUCAACCUCAAUGGGUUAUCUAAUACUGACAAAAAAAUUUUUUAUUAUCUGGUAUAUAUCUAUCUAUCUAUCUAUUCUAUCUAUCUUCUUAGUAUAUAUUGGUUUGUUUUGUUUUACGUCAUAUCAACCUCAAUGGGUUAUCUAAUACUGACAAAAUUUUUAUUGCUGGUAAUAUCUAUCUAUCUAUCUAUCUAUCUAUCUAUCUAUCUAUCUUAG